AUGGUCUGGGUUGGGUUGGGUUGGAUUGGAAAUUUAUUUUUAUACGGAAACGAUACUACGGUUGCACUGCUAUUCAAUUAUGGUCUGGGUUGGGUUGGGUUGGGUUGGGUUGGAAAUUUAUUUUUAUACGGAAACGAUACUACGGUUGCACUGCUAUUCAAUUAUGGUCUGGGUUGGGUUUGGUUGGGUUGGGUUGGGUUGGGUUGGAAAUUUAUUUUUAUACGGAAACGAUACUACGAUUGCAAUGCUAUUCAAUUAGGGUCUGGGUUGGGUUGGAAAUUUAUUUUUAUACGGAAACGAUACUACGAUUGCAAUGCUAUUCAAUUAUGGUCUGGGUUGGGUUGGGUUGGAAAUUUAUUUUUAUACGGAAACGAUACUGCGGUUGCACUGCAAUUCAAUUAUGGUCUAGGUUGGGUUGGGUCGGGUUGGGUUGGAAAUUUAUUUUUAUACGAAAACGAUACUACGGUUGCACUAUACUGUUCAAUUAUUUGA